AUUGCUAGAAAACUGAACCUUUCAAAACCAGGUACCGUCAGGGGUUAACUCAAAAAUGUCCGAGCUACCUCAGGUACUUCAACGGGAAGAGCCCAGACCUCGACCCCACCAAACUCAGGCUCAGGACGGCCAGCACCGAAACCUAGACCAGAGCCAGGCUCAUGGCCAAGCCCAAGAUUCGCAAAGGAGGACCCUGCACCAGCCGGGGCAGCCGCACGCUCAGAGUGACGGGCUGCAGCUGCACGACUAUCCCACUGACCUGCAUCACCGCCCAGGAGCUCUUUCCAGUUCUGCUCCUCCUUCUAUUCCGGCUUCACCUGCUCCUCCAGCCCUGACAAUUGCUCCAUCUCAACCUGAUCCCCAGGAAAAUCCCCCCAAUUCCUCGUCUUGCUCGACUCACGCUCAUCCCGCUACCGACCCUCACUCUCAGUCCCAUUCUGUCAGCUACUCAAGCUGUCACCCAGACUCGUUGAGACCCGCCAGCGAGUACUCCACACCUCAGUGUAAACCAUGCCGGCCGAAGAGCCUUCGUCCCUUCAUCCUCUCCGUCAUGGCUUUCAAGGAGGGCUGCAAGUUCUCUACGGCCACUUCGAUGCACCGCAAGGGGCGGAUGAGGACAAUUGUGGAGAAAGAAGAUCAUUUCGGUCAAUCUCUCGCGAUACUCUAUCUCGGCAUAUCCGCCGUGUUUGCGAAUGAUCAAACUGCAGUUGUUGCCUUGGCUAUCAACGACAGUGUCUACCUGAUUGACUUCUCCGUCAAGUAUUUUGUGCUUGGCGACGGUCUGAAGAUGGGUCAGGAUCUUAUUGCCGACUACAUCCUUGAGGAGGUCGAGAAGUACGAGCACGAGAACUUUGCCAAGUUCAUUGGAGCCGGUCUUCCCACUACUCUCAGGGACAUGAGCCCCAGUCUGUGUUCUCAUUUGUGGCUAGACCUGGAUGUUCUCCCGGUCGUGUUGCAUCCUGACGGCGAGGAAAGAGAGAAGAGUUUCUGGGACUUCAAGCGCGUUGAUGAGCAGGCCGAUUCUAUGGCCCGCAAGUGCGUCAUGAAUUUCGGUCCAUCGCUUGCCCCUCGUCUGCAAGUUGGCUUCCGAGGUGUUGUCCAGGGUGACGCUGGAUUCCGCGCCUGUCUGGCUACCCUUCAGAACUACAAGGACACAUGCGGCGCUGCCACCUGGGAGACCAUGUUGACCUAUGCCAAGAAGCUGCGUCAUAAUGACAUACGCGUUGCCUUCUUCAGCGCCACUCCCCAAGGUGGUGGUGUCGCUCUUAUGCGUCACGCACUGGUCCGCUUCGCUCGCCUGACGCGUGUCAAUCUGACCUGGUAUGUUCCUAAGCCGCGUCCUGCCGUCUUCAGGAUCACCAAGAACAUCCACAACGUCCUCCAGGGCGUCAGCCAUCCCGGCCAGCGCAUCACUGCAGGGGAAAAGGAUGCCAUCAUCGAAUGGAUUACCGAGAAUGCUCACCGAUAUUGGCUAUCUGAUGGCGGCCCACUUCGCCCAGCAGAGGAAGGCGGUGCUCACGUCGUCAUUCUCGAUGACCCACAGAUGCUAGGCUUAAUCCCCCUUAUUAAGAAAAUUACCCCUGACCGUCCAGUCCUCUACCGUUCCCACAUCCAGAUCCGAAGUGAUCUUAUUGCCAAGGCUGGCUCACCCCAAGCUGAUGUAUGGGACUUUAUGUGGAGCAAUAUCCAACUCGCAGACAUGUUCAUUAGCCACCCGAUCCCCGCCUUUGUCCCUCACACGAUCCCGAAGGAGAAGGUCGUCUACUUUCCAGCUACUACCGAUUGGCUUGACGGCCUUAACAAGGAGCUGAAUGAUUGGGACUCUCGUUACUAUGGCCAUAUCUACAACGUUGCUUGCCACUCCCAGCGCAUGGCACUUUUGAACUGGCCAGCCCGCAAGUAUAUCAUACAGGUGGCCCGCUUUGAUCCCUCAAAGGGUAUUCCAACUGUCAUCGAUUCCUAUGCCGAGUUCCGCCGACAAUGCGACGCCGCCGAUCUGAUAGAUGUCCCUCAGCUCAUCGUUUGCGGUAAUGGAUCGGUCGAUGAUCCCGAUGCUAACAUAAUCUACGACCAGACAAUGAGCCAACUUACGACACACUACCCUUAUCUCAUGAAGGACAUCAGUAUCAUGCGCCUCGACCCAAAUGAUCAAUUGCUCAACACUCUUAUUGCCAAAGCCCAUGUUGUCCUUCAGCUCUCAACUCGCGAGGGAUUCGAGGUUAAAGUCUCGGAGGCCCUACAUGCCGGCCGGCCUGUCAUCGCCACCAAGGCUGGCGGUAUCCCCCUCCAGGUCAAGGACAAGACGAACGGUUUCCUUGUCAACCCGGGUGAUUGGAAGGCUGUUGCUGGUCACCUCAUGGACCUCUUCACCAAUGGCGACCUGCACAAGAAGAUGAGCUAUGCCGCCAAGACCGGCGUCUCCGACGAGGUUAGCACUGUCGGCAAUGCCCUCGGCUGGUUCUACCUGGCUUCCAAAUGGGUCGAGGUCGACAUCGAGAAAAGGGGCAAGGGCUGCCUGCAGGGCAACGAGAGAUGGGUCAAUGACAUGGCCCGGGAGGAGGCUGGCUACCCGUAUUCCGAAAAUGAGAACCGCCUCCCUCGACAGUUCACCGAGAAGAAGGUUCUCACCGUCGUCGACGCUAAGGCUGCCGAUCCAGGGCUGGAGGCACCAGUGGCGGAGGUCUAAGAGGGUUUGCUGGUGCUUGAAAGUGACA